AUGUGUUCCGAGAGUGCGGAAGUGAUUCACAAGAAACUAGUACAGGAAGAAGAAUGGCUGAAGAAUUUUAAAGCAAACACCAAGAAAAGUGAUCAGCUUCGUGAGGCUAUUGAAUCGAUUACCGAUAGAUUCCAAGCUCGCCUUGCAUCACUUCAGGAAAAUGUGUUACCAAUGCAUGAAGUGAACGGACGACUUCAAGUAAAACAAAAAAAUAUUCAACGGCUAAUCAAAACAAUAGAUACUACCAUCCAAUUUUAUGGACGAACAAACGAGCUGGAAAGUUCGAUUCGAGAUGGAAACCCGAGCCACGAUCUGGAGGGAUAUCUUGAAAAUAUGGAAUGCCUUCAACAAGCUAUCCAAUUCUUUGAAUCUCAUCCGAAUUAUCAUAACCAAACAGAGAACAUGAAACUGAACCUAGAGACUGGAUAUACUGUGUUGGAGUCUGAAUAUCGUUCGGUAGUUCAAAAGAAUACAAUUCAAGCUGAUCCUGUGGUUGUCAUUGAGAGUUUAGAUGAUCAAUAUGAACUAAUGGGGUCUCGUGCAAAAGAUAUCAAAACGUUUCGUGACAUGUCCGCUCUGACUAGACUUGGUGUUUGGCUUCUCGACCGCGAAAGGACACGAUUUCUUACACACUAUGCGAAAAUAAGAGGAGACAAUAUGAUGCGUACGAUCAGCGCUGUAGCUCAACAUCAUGCCACGUUAUAUGCGAAGGUGCAUUCACGUUCAGGAGCGAUUAAAAAUGUGCUCAGAAAAGCGACAGGUCGUGGUGAAAGAGAAAAACGUGUUGUGGAUUCCGAUAGUGGAGAAACGGAAGGUGCCCUUCUUAUGGCAGGAUGUUUGCUUGCACUGCUAGAGGUUGAAGAAGCCAUCAUGGUUAAGACUAUUCCAGAUACAACACGGCGAGCUCAGGUGUUUCGAGAGCUCGUAGCAAAUCCUCUCGGUUAUGUAAUUCGACACAUUCAACGUGUAGUACAAGAAAGUGACAAAGGUGUCCUGCCGCUUUUGCCGUUACUACGCUUUCUUUCUGCUCACCAAACUCGUCUUCAUAACCUAGCUACAAAUAGCAUGGGUGAUGUUCCCUUUGAAGCGUUGAUGCGACUUUUACGAGUGAAAGCUUCGUCUUAUAUCAACGAGUUCGUAGAGAAGCUAAAGAACGAUAGCAAUAAGUUCGUUCCUGUUGAUGGAAACGUACAUCCAAUUACCGUUAGUACUGUGAAUUUCUUGGCAGCGUUGACAGUUCACCGCCAUACAGUUACGCAACAGUUGUUGAUGAUGACUGCCCCUCAUGGAACGAACUCUGCUCUACUACUCCCGAAACUUUUUGCGCGUAUCUUAUCGGCACUGGGAACGACUUUAAAGAAGAAGAGUGAAAAUUAUGACGAUUCAGCUCUCUCUAACCUCUUUCUCUUGAAUAACUACAAUUACAUAGCAAAGGCUUUGGAAGAUGAUGAGGAUGGUUUAUUACCGGUAAUCAAUGAGCAAAAUACGCAGAUCUUGUCGUUCUACCACUCAGAGAUCGAGCAGUACAUUAAUCAUUACAUGAGAAGCUGGAAUCCGUGUGUAUCAACACUUCAAGGGGUUCAGCGGGUCAUCGAUGACAAAAACACCAUCAAAAACAUGCUGACGAAUUUCACACGUGAAUUCGAUCAGACCGUUACGGUGCAACGAGAUUACUGUAUAGCAGACUUGAAGUUACGACCAAUCGUUUGUGAACAUGUUAAAAGAGCUCUUAUGCCUUCCUAUGCUUCUUUGCUUCAAAAGAUCGAUAACUGUGGAGAGCAGUUUUUUUCGAAGCAGUUGAAAUACACGAAAGAGUCUCUCGAAUCAAGUAUCGAUCGUCUUUUCGAUGCCUCUGGUUAA